AAUGAGCACUGUACGACAGGUGUUUGCCCCUCAGUCCCCAGCCUGUCCUGCCUGCGACUGGAGCCGGCUGCCGACGCCACCCGCAAAAGUUUCCUCGCUCAUCUCUGCACCCUCCGCGCCCCAGGCCCGGGGGGCCGCGGCGAUGGCCUGCCGCUCCUGCGUCGUCGGCUUCAGCAGCCUUAGCAGCUGUGAGGUGACUCCAGCGGGCGGCCCCCGGCCUGGGACCUCGGAAUGGGGCAGCUGCGGAGCCCCCGGGCCGGGCUUCAGCUCUCGCAGCCUCACAGGCUGCUGGUCCGCCGGCACCAUCCCCAAGGUGACCGUGAACCCCAGCCUGCUGGUGCCCCUGGACCUCAAGGUGGACCCAGCCAUCCAGCAGCAGAAGACCCAGGAAAAGGAGGAGAUGAAGGUCCUCAAUGAUAAGUUUGCCUCCUUGAUUGGCAAGGUACAGGCCCUGGAGCAGCGCAACCGGCUGCUGGAGACCCGCUGGAGCUUCCUGCAGAGCCAGGGCUCCACUGCCUUUGACCUUGGGCACCUCUAUGAGAAGUACGAGGGCCGGCUGCAGGAGGAACUGCGCAAAGUGAGCCAAGAGCGGGGACAGCUAGAAGCCAACCUGCUGCAGGUGCUGGAGAAAGUCGAGGAGUUUCGAAUCAGGUAUGAAGAUGAGAUCUCCAAGCGCACAGACAUGGAGUUUACCUUCGUCCAGCUGAAGAAGGACCUGGACGUAGAGUGUCUUCGACGGACCGAACUGGAGACCAAGUUGAAAAGUCUGCAGAGCUUCGUGGAGCUGAUGAAAACCGUCUAUGAGCAGGAGCUGAAAGACCUGGUGGCCCAAGUGAAGGACGUGUCGGUGACUGUGGGCAUGGACAGACGCUGCCACAUCAACCUGAGCGGCAUCGUGGAGGAGGUGAAGGCCCAGUACGAUGCCAUCGCAGCUCGCAGCCUGGAGGAGGCCGAGGAGUACUCCCGGAGGCAGCUGGAGGAGCGGGCCGCCUGCUCAGCCCAGUUUGGGAACAGCCUCCAGAGCAGCCGCAGCGAGAUCUCUGACCUCAAUGUGCGCAUCCAGAAGCUCCGGUCCCAGAUCCUCUCCGUCAAGAGCCACUGCCUGAAACUGGAGGAGAACAUCAAGGAAGUCGAGGAGCAGGGUGAGCUGGCCUUCCAGGACGCCAAGGCCAAGCUGGCCCAGCUGGAGGAGGCCCUGCAGCAGGCCAAGAAGGACAUGGCAAGGCAGCUGCGCGAGUACCAGGAGCUCAUGAACACUAAGCUGGCCCUGGACAUUGAGAUCGCCACCUACCGCAAGCUGGUGGAGGGCGAGGAGAUCAGGAUGGACAUGCCUUCAGCCACCAUGGUCAGCACUGUGCAGUCCAGAUCCAGAGCUGCUUCCUCCAAGUCCCGCCUUGCAAGAGCUCCCUCCAGGAAGAAGAAGAGCAGCAGAGGCCCCGUGAUCAAAAUCACCGAAAUGUCAGAGAAGUUCCUCAUGCAAGAGUCAGAGGCCUCGGAGUAAGGCAGCUGGACCCCAGGAGUCCCAGACCACUCCGCUGCAGCAAGAGAGUCUUAAGCUAGACUCAAGAAGGCAGUUUGGAGCCUCCUGGUUGGGAGAGGAGGCAAACCUGAUUCUGAACUGAGAAGAGCUCACAGCAAUGAGCGUUUUCUCGUGGGUGCCAGGAGUGGGACAAAACUGUCGCCAGCUACUCAAAGUCACUCCGCUCCAUAUCAGUAUCUCAUAGUCCCACACUUCCAACCUUCUGGCCAGAUGUUUCCUGACUGGAUUAACUGGAAGUGGGGUCAGUUUUAUCUCCACCUUCUCGCCCCUCUGAGACUCCUCCUCAACAGAGGGCUCUGACCAAGGUCCCUUUGACCCUUCUGCCCAACCCUUUUCCUAAACUCACAUCUCAAGCCUUGCCUUGCCUCAGCCUCUGUACUUCACCCAGCCCCAGCCAUGGACCGGGCACUGAUGAGGACUGCUUCCCCCCACCUCCAUGUCUGGAGGUCCUGGUGGGGGCUGGGUGCUGGGUGCCCCUGGUUUUCCUGUACCAGCUGGGCUCCCCAGAGACCUGACAGUAUUAGGGAGUAAGAGAAGGAGGCACCCUGGGUGUUUUGGACCUGAGCUUGAACCUCUGAGAUCGGCCCAAACACACCUGUGCCUCUUCUUUCCUCCUGUGGGGUCCUCCAAGUAGGUCACAGUCAGAAAUGGACAGGCUGCCCAGGCAGCUCCCAGCACCUUCUCCAGAAGCUAUUCUUGCCGUGAUGAGCUUCCUGGGAGAAGGCUGGACGGCAGCCUGAGACCAAGCAGGAGAACCAGAUCCUCCCUACCCCUCCCCUCCCUGCCAUCCUGGGGCUCACUACCCUGCCUGGGAUCUCAGCUCUCUGCACCCCCUUGCCCCACCCAGGCGUUUCUCAGCCUGAAACCUGACUUUGCUGUACCAGGUCCCUAACCCCACCCCUGCCAUGAAACCCUGGGCUCAUUUCCCAUGAAUCCCUUCCCCCCAUCAGGCCAAAAGCCUGGCCCUGCCCUCUCCUGCAUUCAUCAAGGAGCCCAAGCACACCCUAUACCUGUGGGGUUAGAGCUCCUCCUUCUCUGCCCCCUCCGCCCAUCUCCCUCCGUGCCCAGUCUCCUGCCUCCAGCAGCACCAUGAUGAAGGCACAGUCCAGGAAGGUCUGGGAGAUUCUGAGCCCUUGAGGUCAGGCUGGGGAGCCGCAGUAACAACCAAAGACAGAGUCUGCAUCCAACAAGAUUUGGGGCUGGGAGGAGUGCUCCUCUUUCUUUCCUCUUGGCUCUCACCUUUGGCGAUUCCUCUAGCCUCCUACUCCACAAGCCACCUCCUCUCUUUCCCUCUCUUCUCCUUAGGUCCUCUCCUCCUGUAGCCCCAGUCUUUUGAUUGAUUCAUCUCCUUUUCCCAGGGACCUUGGCUCCUCCCAGGGCUCAAGGUCCUCCAGGCCUCUGGGGGGCGCUGAAGGGCUACUAACACUCUCAGGCUGGAGGGAACUCAGACAUAUACUCAUCCCUGAAGUUCCCAAAGGGAGCUGAUUGCUGCUUUUUCUCUGCCUAUUUAUUGGUUUCUAAGGGAGCAAAUCCACAAUGGGGAUACAAUAUAUAUAAAAUAUAUUUUUUCAUAACUUAUGUGGCUUUUAACUUAUUGCUUCCCUUCCUGUCUCUGUAUAAUCAGUGCUAUACACUAUUUGAAUCGAUAACACAUAUCCCAGCCACCCCACCCAACUGGCUGACUACCUUGGGGCAAAGCCCCUUUCUCCCUGCCAAGGGGUGAAUAAAA